AUGGGGGACCUUGCUCAUAAGGACCUCCUUCCUGAAGCACCGACCGCCAGGGUAAAGUUCUGCUGGGACAAUUCUUGGUGGGAGCCCAACACACUCACCACAGCCGUCACCACCUCUCAGCACCACCUCACCACAGGCCGUCACCAUCACCUCCUCAGCACCACAUCGCACACAAACCGUCACAUCAACUCUCAGCACCAAUCACCACAGCCCACACAUCACCUCCUCAGCAGCAUCCACAGCCUCACCAUCACCGUCCUCAUCAGCAAUCACCUCCUUAGCACACACUCACCACAGCCGUCACCAUCACACCUCACCUCAGACCACAUCACCACAGCCGUCACCAUCCCCUCCUCAGCACAUCACCACAGCCGUCACCCAUCACCUCCUCAGACACACAUCAUCACAGCCGUCACCAUCACACUCCUCAGCCACAUCACCACAACCGUCACCAUUCACCUCCUUAGCACACACUCAACAGCCGUCACCAACACCCUCCUCACCACAUCACCACAGCCGUUCACCCAUCAUCUCCUCAGCACACUCACCACAGCCGUCACCAUCACCUCCUCAGCACCACCACAUCACCACCACCUCCUCAGCACCACAUCACCAAGCCGUCACCAUCACAUCCAGCACCAACAUCACCACAGCCGUUCACCAUCACCUCCUCAGCCACACCACAUCACACCUCCCGCCACACUAACCACAGCCCUCACCUCAUCAGCACCACACACCACAGCCGUCAGCAGAGCGUCACCAUCACUCCUCAGCACCACAUCACCACAGCCGUCACAUCACCUCCUCAGCAACUCAUACUCACCACAGCCGUCACCAUCACCUCCUACCAUCAUCACAAAGCCGUCACCAUCUCCUCCUCAGCACCACACUCACCACAGCCGUCACCAUCACCUCCUCAGCACAUCACCACAGCCGUCACCAUCACCUCAGCACCACAUCACCAAAGCCGUCACCAUCACCUCUCAGCACCACAUCAGCACUCAGCACCACAACACCACAGCCGUCACCAUCACCUCCUCACACUCAGCAUCACAAUCACCACAGCGUCACCAUCACCUCUCAGCACUCACCACAGCCGUCACCAUCACCUCCUCAUCACCACAGCCGUCACCAUCCCCUCCUCAGCACCACAUCACCACAGCCGUCACCAUCUCCUCCUCAGCACCGCACACCACCCAGCCGUCACCAUCACUCCUCAAGCACCCACCACAGCCGUCACCAUCACCUCCUCAGCACCACAUCACAGCCGGUCUGCGUCGUGUUCCGUCUGACACUAACAGGUCGCGGGACAACGUUGGGACUAUUAAUUGGAUGAAGUGUGCAGUAGGGCGGACACAGAGCGGCCGUUGGGCGUCGUUUGCGUUUAGUUGCGAUAAAACUUAA